AGCAACCAGAGAGAAGUAAUUAUGAAGACCUCUCAGUGCCAAACCAGAGUAUCUCAGAGCGGCAGCGCGAGCUACAUGAGCAACCUCAGCACCAGCGCAAUGAACCCGCUCAGCAGCGCGAGCCUCAUCCUCCUUGUUCUCCUCAUCUCAGCGAUCCCCAUCUGCAAAAGUUCUCCAAUACAACAGCAGAGAGCAACACUAGACCAGUACCAGCUUCUCAACCAGCUAGAAGAUGUGUGCUCAUCCUACCUUUCUGCAGACCUGCCAUUUCGGAUACCCAAUGUUUUAGGAGAACUCUGUGUGUUGAUGCUUGUACAGAAGUCUAAGAAAGGAUGGGACAAUCCUAGUAAACGGGAUAAUCUCCAGGGACCUGGGGGAAUUCAGAGCAGAGGGUACUUCUUAUAUCGGCCAAGAAAUGGAAGAAGAUCCCUAGAAUUUGAGUAAAUAGUCCCUACUAUACGUUGUACAGAGAUGACACAGAACCAGAUAACCGAACAGGCACAACCAUCAUAGAGUGGUCCAGACCUCCACCAAAACGAGGUUGAAAGAAUGAAGAAACAAAAUGAAGAACAAAGAAAUGAGAGUCUAAGUAAAAUAAUCUUUGUUUGUCCAAAAGUCUUAUUUGUGUUUUGAUGAUGUGUCUUUUGAAUUAAAAGCAUUGUUAUAUGGUUA